CUCUUUCCUUAAAAUUUGGUCUGAGCGGAAAAACCAAAAUAAUGAUGUACUGAGGUUUCCCUCCAUUUUCAAAAUCUCAAAUCCCCCACAAACCAAACCAUAUUUCAAACACUUUUCACUUUCCCUCUUUCUUCGCCCCCUCCCCAAUACAAAACCCUAGAAUUUCCCAAACUCAAAUUUGGAGCCAAAACAAUCUCUGAAAGAUCUCUUCAAAACCCACUUCUCAUUUUCACAUUUCUUACCAAUAACACACGCAAAACAGAGCGUCUGAAUCUGCCAUGGAAACCCAUCUCAGAGAAACCCUAGAACCCGACUCUGCUCCUUCAGAUUUUACUAUUUCCGAAGAAAUGUUUGAUGGGUCUUCAUCAUUGUCUCCUGAACUGCCUGUUUCUGAAGAAAUUCUUCGUGGGUCUUCAACAUCUUUUCCUUGCGAAGCCCUUGGUGAUCUUUCUUUGGUUGCUGCAUCAAAUCAAAACGGGUCUUCUCCACAUUUAGGUAAAAGAGCCCAAGAUGAUCGAUCUUUGGUCCUUUCGGCAUCGAAUCCAACUGGGUCUUCAACAAUUUUACCUCCUAUUAACGAAACCCUAGGUGGGUCUUCUUCUAUGCCCGCGCAAACAGAACCCGUUGAUGAUUAUCCCAAUUUCUCUAUCUGUAGUGAUGAGGAAACCCUACAACUGGAACCAUUUACCUCUUCCCCUGAUCGCUUUUUGGGUAACAAUUUAUUGGACUCUUCGUCAUCGCGAUGGUCUUCUUCACAUGGUUCUUCGCCAUGGCCAUCUUGCUCUUCCUCCAGAGGCACCUGGUCUUUAUCGCCUUCUUCCGAAGAAACCAAGCCUUCAGCCCUUUCAUUCUCUAUCGGCGAUAUCAAGCCGUAUAUGGUGGGUGCAGGGCUUGCAAAUCUAGGCAACACAUGCUUUAUUAAUGCCGUCUUGCAAUGCUUUACGCAUACUGUGCCACUUGUCCAGGCUCUUCGUUCUUGCCAUCAUGCCACGCCCUGUGACCGUGGUAGUGAAGGGUUCUGUGUUCUUUGUGCUCUCCUUGACCAUGUUGAACGGUCCUUAGCUUCUCCAGGAGGGAUUAUUUCACCUUUGAAACUUGUCGAUAAUUUGAACUAUAUAUCAUCUUGUUUUCAGAGAUACCAGCAGGAAGAUGCCCAUGAAUUUCUGCAAUGCUUUUUAGAUAAACUUGAGAGGUGUUGUUUGGAUUUGAAGAUAAAGGAUAAGAGUCUCUUACCCCAAGAUAAUAACCUUGUGGAAAGGGUUUUUGGUGGCCGUCUUGUAAGUAAGCUUCGAUGUUGCAAUUGUGGACACUCUUCUGAUACAUAUGAACCUCUGAUAGACCUGAGUUUGGAGAUUGAAGAUGUGGACACUCUUCCACGUGCCUUGGAGUCUUUUACCAAGGUGGAAAAGAUUGAAGAUUCAGGGACAAGAUUUAUAUGUGAGAAAUGCAAGGAGGAAGUGUUGAUGGAGAAGCAAUUUAUGCUGGACCAGGCUCCUUCAGUUGCUGCAUUCCAUUUGAAAAGAUUCAAAACUGAUGGGUCCUUUGUUGAGAAGGUUGACAAGCAUGUGGAAUUCCCUUUGGAGUUGGAUUUGCGGCCCUACACUACUGUCUGUCGGAACAAUAAUGUGGAAUUGAGGUAUAACCUGUAUGCAAUUGUUGUGCAUAUUGGGUUUUCAUCUACUUCUGGGCAUUACUUCUGCUUCAUUCGGUCCUCCCCAGAGACAUGGUAUAGGUUGGAUGACUCAAAGGUCACUAGUGUUGCAGAAGAGUUUGUGCUAUCUCAGGAGGCCUACAUUUUGUUCUAUGCAAGGGAGGGUACACCCUGGUUUUCAAGUUCAAUGGAAGCACAAAAGCCAUUCUUUGAUCCAAACAUAUUGAAUACAUCUCCCAAGUCAGUUCUAGAUAAUGCGGAUAGUGUCUGUGCUUUGUAUCCUAGCAUGGCUGGUACCAUUAAUUGUGAUGCCAAUGAAUCCAGAAAUGCUGCUGAGGGAAAUUCUUCUGUGUUACCCUGUGGAUCAAGACAAGAAGGGUUUGAGGUCAGUGAUGUUAGAGAUGCCGCUGCUGGGAGUUCUGUACAUUUGUCAAAGCAAGAUGAACCUAAAGAUGAUACUCCCAUGGAUUACACUUCAGCACAACUUGGGGCUCGUAAUCGCUGUGAUGGAUCAUACAAUGAUGAGAAAUUGUGUACUACAUCCUCUCCUGGGGGAAAUAACUGGCGUAAGGGGAUUGAUGAAGUUAAAGACGACGGUUUUCACCCGCUAACUCCACCUGGAUCUCCAAGUCCAGAAAAGGUUUCUUUGGCAUCUCAUGGUGUGAAGUAUCAUAUUCCCCGUGAUCAUCUUAAAAAGGAGAAGCCAGUUUGCAGUAAAAUACAGUUGAACGAGAGUGUGGAAGAUUCAGAGAGAAAGGCAGCUUUGAGAUGCAUUUCAAAGAGUGCGCCCAGUAGGCGCGCGAAACUUAUGGCUGCUCUGCUAGACAAGCCGAGUGAAGGUUCUCUGAACAAGAGGAAAAGAAUGGUAUCUUCCCCAUGUAAGAAGACCGGCCCCCAUAGUGCUCGCCGUAAAGCUAACCAUAAUUCAAUGAUGCAGCCUGUGGCAACUGCAAUUUUCCGCUGACAGUGAGUUUUUGCUUAAAACGCUCACCUGUCUUUUGAGACUUGAGAGCUCUGCUUUUGUGAUUGAUAUUACAUGAGAUGCAAUGCUUAUGUGGAAGCCUUUGAUAGGAGAUAGAAAUAAAUUGAGAUAUUAACCAAAAUUCCAUCUUGAAUAGUCGAAUAGAUGAUUGACAGCCAGUCCUCAAAUAUCAUAUGUUGUCUAUAUUUGGAUCC